AUGUUGUGGCCGAACACCAGCAGUUCUAAUACUGCAACGCCAAAGCCAAUGUUGAGGUGGCUAGAAGAAGUACCAAGGCUUGACAAGUAUAUCCCUCACUGGCCAGAGCAGAGUGCGCCGCCUAUCCUGUCGUUUCAGCCAAGAGACUGUCACGAUGAAGCAUGGUCAGGUCCGCUGAUGCUUUGUCCAAACCCUGUUCCCCGCGAAUGGAUCGACUGGUACCACCAAGCGCCUCCUGAGGGUGGUGAGCGUUCCAUGAGAUACUUAACGGUGCAGAACCGGCAUGAAUGGGACGAUCUAGACACACCGUUGGCAUACGAGCCCUGGAUGUGCUAUUGGUUACGCCAAUUGGCUUUGUAUGGCCUGUCUACAACCAACAGCAACACGUUCGCCCAAAAGUGGAGAGCGUUCCAAGAUAGAUACCUUGGCUGGAGAGCAGCUGAUGCGCGCAAUGUGGGAACGGUUGAUACAGGGCGCCCUUCAUCCUAUAUGGGGAUUCCAAGCAAUUUUUCGUCGACCGAAGAGGCCACCCUCGUGCGCAUGAAAGCCGACAAUCCUGACGUCAUUACCAGGGAUAUAAACGCGAAGCUACCAACCCCACGAGACACGGCACAGCUAUACAACAGAUGGCGCUACAUAACCAAGGGGCUCCACGAGUCGCCUUUGGCGCCAGCGCAAUCAUCAUUGAGUGCUCGGCCGGUGUGUCAUGCCCCUGGCCGACUGCAAGUGGACAGCCGAUUAGUAACUCAAUCUGGACUGCUCGAGCACCCGACUCCGCUAGGACGUUCGUCGUACUCAGCCAAUGGCCAGCAUAGCGAAGACUCUAGCCAGACUCAAUAUGCCUUCCAACAGCAAAACGGUCGCAUCACUCUACCACCACUUUCCGACGAGCCACUCCAGCCUGGCAUGCUCCGUGUUGGAAACCUACGAGCGCUGCACCGGGCCUCAUUUCCGACUCAAUCACAGUAUGCCAUUGCUUCCGCUCCUUUCCCAGGAGCUGCUACCGCCGAAGGUGGGCUUCCGUCACUUCAGCAGGUAUUAGAAGACCUUGACGAAAGUCCCGAGCUGCCUGGAGCCGCACCGGUGUCGGACGAGUCGCACGAUCAUAACCGAGCAUCUAGAGGACAUCUCACAUUUCCACGCGGCGGCGGAAAUGCCCGGAGACCAUGCCAGGCGUCUUCAGACUCGAGAAACCCUAUUACUGGGACUGUACCUAGAACGGACAGGAGUACAAGCGGCACUACCUACGGUGAUAUCUCAAAACCGCAAGGGCAAGGAGCUAGCGCGUGA